AUUGUAUGGGCCCACACAUGUGGUCUUAAUUUUGAAUUUUUGAAUAUAAAAUCUAAAAGAAGAGGUGUAUUAUUUUAUCAAAGAAAAGAUGCCAGAGAUAAAGCUAAAGCAUGUUUGUUCCGUCAGUAGUGAAGACCCGAAUCAUCCAGCCGACAAUUUAUUAGGACAAGAAACGUAUCGUAAAUGGCAGUGUGACUCAGCCGGGGAGAAGCAGGCAGUAGUGGUGAUAGAGUUUGAUAAAGCAUCUGUUAUACAUUCUGUUGAUAUUGGCAAUAAUGGCAGUGCCUUUAUAGAGGUCCUGGUUGGUAACAGUCUAAGCUCAAGUGAUUAUGAAGUCUUGGUAAUGGCCAGUAGCUUUAUGUCUCCGGUUGAGAGCAAGUCCUGGACUAAUAUCAAUAGAGUUCGUAUGUUUGGUAAAGAUAAAUUAUCUAAAGCAGUCUGUGAUCAGAAAUGGGAUAGAGUCAAGCUAGUUUGUACCCAGCCUUUCAACAAGAAUGAGAAAUAUGGCAUCUCUUUUGUCAAGUUUCUUUCUCCUCCCACUGCUUCAAAGGAUGGGGGAGGGGUCACUGAAGAGGCCACACCUCCUAAGAAAAUUGGGAUCUUUGAUUUGAAGUCAGAACCAAAAGCUGGCGGAACGUUACUCUUUAAGAAAGAGCCAACCUCAAUGGCAGCAAAGGCAAGGCAGGCAUCGAUUGAAUUAAGUAAAGAUAGAGGAACUGGCUCAUCUGAACCAUCAGAUAAAUCACCUUCUGCUGAUAGAAAAAGAGUGUCCAGCAAGGCGGAUAAGGACCCUGUUCCACUUCCUAGCAAGAAAGCAAAAGCAUCAGACGAUCAAGCAGCUUCAGACCCAAUUUUAUUUGAAGAAAUAAUGAAAGGGGUCGUGUUCAGUCUGAGUGGUUUCCAGAACCCCCUGAGAGGGAAUUUGAGAGAAAAGGGACUGGAAAUGGGGGCAGAGUAUGAGCCGGACUGGGGGCAGCGCUGCACUCAUCUCAUCUCUGCUUUUAGUGGCACGCCCAAGUUUAACACAGUGAAAUCAAAGGGUGGGUUGAUUGUUAAGAAGGAAUGGCUCACUGAUUCUUAUGACAAGAAGAAAAGGCAGCCAGCUUCAAAAUAUAGAUUCUCAACUGAUCCCUCAGAGGGGAAACAGUACGACAAGAAAGAGAGAGACAUAUUUAGUAAAGUAUCGUACACUCGAGAGAGGAAGGAAGAGGAAACGAAGGAGAAAGAAGUUGCUACCAAGCCUCCGCCCAGCAAUACAGGAGGCUCCACCCAAACCCCGCCCACAGAAGAAGAUCCUUAUGGCGGGUCUACUGAUGAAGGAUCAGAUAUGGAAAUGAAUCAACCCGGGUCAGAAGAUUACGACACUGAGGAUGAGAUACAGAGGGUUGUUAACAGCGAGAGAAAAGGCAACGAAACUCAGACGGAUAAAUCAACUGAAAGCUCAAAGAAAAAGAACUCGGCCUCGUUAUUAAACCUGGCUGACUUCUUUUCUGAUUGCGUUUUUCUGCUUUAUGGGGAUUUCAGUUCUAGUGACAUGAGGCUGUUAACGCGUUACAUCAGAGCAUAUAAUGGAACAAUCGAGAAUUACAUGAGUGAUAAGGUGACACAUGUUAUCACACAGAGUGAGUGGGAUGAGAAUUUUGAUCAGGCUAAGUCAGAAAACAGUUCGUUAGUCUUUGUUGGCCCUGACUGGAUAUUUGCCUGUCACAAAGAGCAGGCCAUUGUGUCCUGUGAACAAUUUGCUAUACAUUCUUAAAGUAUCCUUGUCUUUUUACUUUGUUGUUGUUUUUAUUUUAUCUGGA